AUGAAUUCAACAGCAACAACACUCUUUGCUUCGUGUCGUCAAGACGGCAAUGGCAUGCACGUGAGGAACUACGUUUCAAAUUCAAAGCAUGCUUUUACUUCCUAUCGUCAAGACGACAAUAGAAAUCUCGUGGGGAACUCCAUUCAUGUUAUUAAUAACGCAGUUGAGACAGGUGAAACGACUGAUCAAAAAAUAUAUUAUUUCGAUUCCACACACAAUCACGUGAUAAGUUCUCCAUUUCACGCAGAGGCUUCUCGCGAUAUUAUAUUCUCUUCAUCAUCUCAUAGUCGUCACCGAUCUCACAGUCUAAAGAAAAAGUCAUCGACGCCAGCAGAAGCAUCUGACAACGCUAUAAAUGUCGAUGCUGACAAUGAAUCAGAUGCUACCUAUCACUCCGGAACAAACCAAUCUAUCGCGAGAUCUUGGGUCUCAAACACGGAUAAUGAUCAAGAAGACGAAGACGAGGAUGACACUAUGAAUUUGUCGAAAAAAGAUCAAAAAAUAUAUUAUAUAAAACAAGAAGGCAACAACGCGCGACUGUUGCAUUCGGCUGAUUGUGAUCAAGAAGACAAGACUCUUUUAGGAACCGCUAAAGAAGCAGUAACAAUAACAGCAGAAGAAUGCCAAGCAUACGUAAACGAAUCGUCUUCACUGCCGAAUCAGUCACUUCAUAAUAAUAACGAUUUGGAAGUUAAUAACGAUCUGAUGAGUCAUGCGGAUGAUUUUGAGGCUAAUUGCCAAACGAGUCAAUCUGAACAGUCCGAAUCACCAGAAGAAACAGACGAAUCAGGUCAGGAUUCGGAUGUGUCAUCUAAUACUCAGGAAUGGUCUAGUCGCCUCCGACCGAGAAAUCAGAAAUGUUUGAAAGAGAUCUCCAGUGCAAGUGAAGAAGAAGGAUUUUUCAAUAUCCCUCGUAAACGUAAAUAUAAUCAGAAAAUAAAAGAAUUUGAUUUCCCAUACAAUCCAAAAAAACCAUACCAAAAAAUAAAAAAGAUUCACGUAGUUGUCUCAUCAGCAUCAUCCUCGUUAUCGUCUUGUUUGUCGGAUCAGUCAUCGUCGUCAUCGAACGAUGAAGAAGGAGAUUCCAACAGCUCUGACCAAGCAAAACCACAAAAGAAAAAAAAGGAAGUACUACUACAUUGGGUUCAACCUUACCGACUACGAACAUGCACCCCGAUGACAUUUCCCGAGUUAAAAUUGAUUGAUGAAUUUCUAUACUAUUAUCGUAAUCACGUUCGAGGAUUAAAACGGAAUUGGAGCACGCUAGUAUGGGAAGAAAUUCAUGCGCUCGGAGACGGAGACGAACCAAUGAAAUUCUCGCGCCAUUUGUUUCAAGAUGUACUUCGUCGCGAACGGUUUCCUAAAAGUCCUAGCGCGAUUAAAGCUAUUAAAAAAUGGAUAAAGUUACAAAAGCAUUAUGCUGCCGCUGCUCAAAACGAGAGGCAAGGUAAUAGUGAGCAAGAACAACCUCGGCAGGAACAACAAUCAUCUGAUGAGGAGGAAAGUGAAAAAGGAACGGGAAGCGUAGCUAAAAGGCAGGCUUAG